CCUAGUCAUUUUCAAGGGUAUACUGUAUCAUAAUGGCUGGAAGAGAUCGGCAAUACGAAACACCAAAAAAGGUUUUCGAGAAGAUCCUGUGCUGGAUUCAAGACAAAAAUCCCGACUCGAAAAAACUGGUUGAAAAUGCCGUCAGUCACAUUGAAUCAGAGGUGGGAUGGACACUUAAACCAUUGGAGAGAACUUGCGUGGAAUUGCAAUACGUCAAAACCCUCUUGAAGAUGUGGAUGCGGAGCAGUUUAGAAACGGCGUUUAGCCACUUGAAUAAUGAAACUUCCGACAUGAGCACAGCUAUGUCGACUGUCUUGGAUGAGCUGGAUUCCAUCGAUUCGUUCGAAGAUAUUAGUACCAAACUAAUUGCAAAGGAAUCACAGCUUUGGACUUGGUUUGGUGGAGGCUGUCAAUAUUUUCAAUUGAUUGUCCAACAGGAAGAGCUGUUCAAAAACACGCCCCGUUUCGCCCUUCUCUUGAACCAAAAUUUCCAUAAACUGAAGAGUUGUUUUAUCGAUAAGAUCUUUUUCCGGUGCAGGAAAGACAUCCUCAACGACGUUGAUGGUGCUUUAUUUAUAAAAUUCAUUUCGGAUCUGACUGACUUUUUGGCAAAAGCAAAUGAAGACAAGAAAUUACAAGACGUUCUGGAAGCUCAUAUUCUGGAAAGCAAUGUAAAUACGAAUAGCCGAGAGACAGAUUGGCAGCAAUGGAUAAACAUCCUGGUUGAAAAAAUCUUGAAAACAUUCCCACCAGCAGAAAGCGAUAACGAAUCAAGUGCAAUCCCCGAAUGGAUACAGCGUUUCGAGUUUACUGCGCCGCCAAGAAAAGAGUGGACAUCAAAAUUGAAUUUAGUUAUCAGAGAGAUACACAAAAAACUCUUGCUGCCAGAAACCACAAUCAAAAUGAGAACAGAACACGGAAGGAAAAUUAUUUCCAUUAAUGGCGUUUCUAUUUUUGUUAGUAAACUUAUGGGGAAAAUGAGGGAAUUAAAAGCCAGUAAUAAGGACGUACAGGAAAUACAAAUUGCCGGAUAUUCUUCCGUUCACAUCGAUUGCGAUUUGGACAAUGACAUCUGGCAUGGAAUCAAUAUAGGUCUCGUUACUGAUAAACUUAUCGUUUCCGCCAAUGAGAACCAGAAAAUAGUAUGGGAUGUAUCCGGAGAACAUGCUACCGCCAAAUCAAGACGAAGAUUACUGAACGCGGACGAAAGCGGUGGUAAUGUUCAUAUUAAGUGCAACCAAGUUAUCGGAGCUGAGCAAUGGACGAUCACUUCGAAUGGAGGGAACGGAAGUUCUGGUCUCAAGUGGUCAGCGGAAGAACUUCAACGAGUGUUUAGUCCCAUUUUUCCAAUUGAUGGGAAUGAAAAAAGAAAGGAAGAAGAAAAGCGAGGUUACAAGUCACCCUCAAUAAAACAACUCUACAAGAAACUAGAGUAUACAAUAUCUGAAAAGUAUGAUGGCCUUGUGGCCCCGGGGAUCACGGGGCUACAGGAACCUCUGGCAAGGUCAGGCGCGCUUGGAGACGGUAGCGAAAUCCAUUUUUCGUUGUAUGAAAAUAAAAAAAAAAAAAGACACACACUCAUACUCUGUCAAGGUCGGAAAUUCGGACAAGGUGGCUAUGACGGUGACAUAAUCUUGGAAUUGCUGGAUAAAGAUCGGGGCCUCCCUCCUGUUGGCAUGGAAGUUUAUCAAGCAAUGGGCACUGGUGGUGUUGUUUAUAAGGCGUCUGUUUCAGACGGCAAAACGGGACAAGCGAAUGGCGAUGUAGGUUUCAUCCACAAUGGAGACAAGGACCAGCAAGGAAAUUACAUAGGAUUUGAAAAUGACCAAAAACUAGAAAUCAAAUACUACUCCAAGCUCGAAGAAUUACAAAAAGAUGAAGUUGCUUCAUACGUUGAGGUUAGUGAUGGCUCGCGGAAUCAACGUUAUGCGACAAUUGUAUCGACAUUUGAGCGGUAUAGUAACCCAUCGGCCAAAGCCAUGAAGAAAUAUGGCGUUAUUCGUCAUAGCCUCAACCGUCAUUUUUCAAAAGUAAACGAGUGGAAACAAAUGCAAGAAUCGCUCUGGAAAAUGUUUUUGUCCGAUAUUGCGUUAGAAGAAAAUGAAUUGCCAAAUGUCGAUGCACUGGUGGAGGAAAUUCAAAAUAAUGAAGCGCAAUUCAGUGAUCUAGUCCACCAGCAAUUGGGUGAAGUGAAGAUAGGGUGCACAAAGCCAGCGCCUGGCAUCAAAGGCAGCCCUGCCGGUGAUUCUGGCGUAUCUCAGGAAGAAUCUAGCAAAGAUCGAACACUUAACAAAGCCACUAUGGAUAAUCGACAAAAAUUUGAAAAUUUCCUCAAGGACAAUUCAAACAAAUUCAUUCCAGACACCUGGAAACAGAUGUCAGAGGCAAUGACAACAAAAUCCCAAAAAGAAAUCAAAGUGCUCGAAGAUCGAAUAAUAUUCAUCUUGAGUUACAUCAAUGAUCAAAGGACAUUAGGAAAAAAAGUAAAUAUAACAACGAAAUGGAAAAAAAAUUUAAAAGUCGACGCAACCAAAGACGGUGAUCUCAAAUCUUUGGCCGUAUUUUUGUACGACUUUGAGUGCGCCGUACAGCAACUUCGUAAGCCAAUAGACAAAAACUUCCGCCUCCGUGACACCCAGAUUCUGGCCAUACUGAUGUUGCUCCCUAAUAGUGAGGAAACCGCUGAGAGAAAAUUAGCUCAGGUAGCUACCGGCGAAGGCAAGUCGUUAAUUGUGGCCGCAGUGGCGAUUGCUGUUGUUCGGAGUUGGUUCGUCGGCAAGAAGGCAACGCAAAAAAUCGACAUCAUUACCAGGAACGAUUUAUUAGCACUUCGCGAUUCAAAUCUCUCAGUAGCUGAUGGAGGAUUGCGAGAUCUCUAUAAGUAUUUCGGUGUAUCGGUGGCAAACAACUGCAGCCAAUCGGAAGAUGAACGUACAGCAAGUUAUACUGCCAAAGUGGUUUACGGACAGUUGGCCCAUUUUCAACGGGAUUAUUUAUUGACCAAAUUCUACAGCCGUAAUAUUUGUAACAGCGAAGAAUUGUUAUACGCCAUUAUUGACGAGGUGGAUAGCCUGUUGUUGGACCAAGGAAACAACACCCUCUAUUUGUCACACGAGAUACCCGGCAUGGAAACUUUAGAAUCUUUGUACGUUUUCAUUUGGGAAAAAGUGCGCAACCAAUCUGUUUACAAAAACAAUUCGAAAGAGCAAGUAAAAAAAUCAAUUAAAUCUGAUGUCUUGUUCGAUUUGUACGGUGUUACAACUAAAGAAGAUCUGAAGUAUGUCCACGCGCCAUUGGACGAAUCGGAGAGAGAUGCACUGUGGAAUCAUCUAAUUGAGAAAAAAAUGAUUGAUUCACAAGGACACCUACUCAUAACUGACGCCAGCCAAAUUACAAAAGAGAAGGUUAACUGUAUCCCAACAGAACUCGAAGGGAAGGAUCUUAACGCGAAAUUGGUUUUCUAUUUCCGCAAAAUAGCUAAUCGCCUGCGUCGCAUCCGAAUACCUUCUCAUCUGCUCACCUUUGUUGAUCGAAACCUUGACACUUGGCUGAACAGCGCCUUUCAAGCCUUGGAAUUAAGGCGUGACGAGGACUACGUCAUUGACCAAGACCGAACAGACACUUGUCCAGAUCUCAAUCCACAAGUGAUUAUAAUUGAUCCCGACACCGGAACGGAUCAAACCCUGUCGCAAUGGGAAGGAGCCUUACAUCAGUUUCUUCAACUUAAGGAAGGGUGUAAAUUGACGCUACAAAGUCUCAAAGCUGUUUACAUUUCAAACGCCGAAUAUUUGUUGAAAUACCAUGGGCUAUUGGGUGUAUCAGGGACGCUAGGGUCCAAACAAGAACAGAUUUUUCUACAGAAUACAUUUAAGUGCGAUUUACGCCACUUUCCUAGCGCUUUUCCUAAACUAUUUCAGAAAAGAGAUCCCCAGAUCCUGUCAACAGAAGAAGAAUGGCUAGAUGCCAUUGUCACGGACAGUAAUGCUAUUAUCGAGGCAGAACGUUCUUCCAUCAUUUUUUGCAAGUCCAUCAAAGUUGCCAAUGUCGUCCAUCAACGCAUAAAGAGCUCCAAUCCUGAGUUGAGUAAAACCCGUCGUCUCCAUCGGUACACACGCGAUUACGAGAAAUUCGCAUUUGAAAGUAGCGAGCUGAACAUUGGGCAUGUUAUCGUCGCCACCAACUUGGCUGGACGAGGAACGGAUAUGAAAAUCGGCGAACAAUUGCGCAAAAAUGGAGGACUGCAUGUGUGCCUAACUUUUUUUCCUGAUAAUGAACGAAUUGAGGAACAAGUGAUGGGUCGGGCAGCUCGCAAUGGGGCACCCGGAAGUGGAAUUCUUAUUGUAUGCAAAUCAAUUUCACGCGAACGGAAGACGCCUGAUGAAAGUGACACACAGGACUGGGUAUCAAUGUCUGGCAUGGAGAAAACACGCAAUGCCCAAGAGAAACAACGCAUUGCUCGGUUGGAAAAAGAUUUUGAAGACACGAUAGAUCAAGUGAAAUUAUUUGAUAAUUUCUCAGAUUAUUAUACUACCCUAAAAAAUCAACUAUGUGAGAAAAAAUACAGGGAUCAGGAAGUAAGUGCCAUCUGUGGAAGUGUAUUGGACCAAUGGGCUUUGUGGCUGGAUGAAAUGGAUGAUUCCUCGUUCGACGUGAAAAAGUAUUCAUACUCAACGAAAUUCAUUCCAAAAUUCAAAAUUCCCGAGCACAAUUCUACCGAUUACAGUCAAAAUGACUGGAUGACACCAGCACGUUUAGUUGUCGUUGCCAAAUAUUUGGCGAUGACUAACACGAAAUCGAAGCAUUCGACGGCAGCCAAUAUUUUGGAACAGCUCAUCCAAUCAAAAGACAACCAAUUUUAUGCCGCUGCUUACUACUACCGCGCAUUCAUUUUUUUGAAGAAAGGUUUUGAAAGAAACCAAGAUGAAUUUAUCAAAAUAAUGCGUACGUGUGAAAAUGUAUUAAGUGAGCAAAUCAAUAUGCAAACAUCGAUUUUUUCGAUCGUCCGGGCGACAGAAAAGAAAACUAAUCAGCCUGAUUCGUUUUGUGCUGUUGAUGGCUAUACGCAGCAAAAAGAUAACAUUGUUAAUCUGCUUCAAUAUUUCCUUGGCUCAGUUCGAUCCUUUUUGGGCACCGAUUGCUCCAUAGAAGAUUUUGAAGCAGCAGGACGUCUGCCCGAAAAAGUUAAGAAUUUUUUGGAAAAAAAUCUCAAUAACUUUGAAAAGUGGAUUGAAGGGGAAAUUCAUAAAAGCUCGAAAGUUUUCCAGAAAAAAGAUGAUAAAAAUGAUGAGCUGAAGAAUUCUACUAUUCCGAUCGAAAAAGUGGCGGAAUAUUUCGAUCUAUUAUUGGAGGGCGAGUCCAAGUGCAUUGGCCACCAGCUGAACAAUCCCAGAACCAUACCGAGAUGGAACUCUUCCGACGAGCAAAUUGAAGAAUCCAAUUGGAAAACGGCCAUUUUUCGGAUAGCAAACGCUUACGGUGUCUGCGCGUCGACCUUAGAAAACGCCAUCAAACAGGCGGUGGAAAAGAAACUAAGCAAAGAGGGCAUUGAAAAGGAGUUAAAAGACCAAUUGGAAACGAAAUUUAAAAAGGACAAUUUGAUUCACUGUACGAGGGAAUCGUUCUGGGAGAAACUGGUCGACAGCGAAGCAUUGUUUGGCAACGAAAAUUUCGUCGUCGUGGACGACUACGUCGUCGACAGCUACAAAUUAAAUCGCGUCGAGGCCAAAAAAUUGGACUUUAUCGGCAAGGAUUACAUCUUGUACGAUCCUAUUGAUUGCAACACAAUUGAAAAAGAAAACAAAAUCAUUUUCUCGCAAGAUUACGUCGAAGACAAACUUUAUGGCAAUCGAGAGUACAACCGUAGCGGAGAUAAAUUUAGAUUCAACAAGAUGGCCAAAAUUGAUGUCGCGAAACUCAAAUCAGUCAACUUGAAGCUGUUUGGCCAGUUAAAAGACGACGAUUUACGUAAGGUCGAUAUUAGUCAAGCGGAACGCAAAGCAAUUAUGUGCGAACUGCAAAAUCAAAAUAUUAUCGACGACGCUGGCAAUCUCUCACCUAAUUACGAUGGUCAAAGUUUUAAAUAUCCAAAUUGUCCUGCGUACGAAGACGCUGUGAUGCGUUUAGUGGGGACCAAGUUGCGUGCCGAAAUAGUUAGACGACAUUGGCUGAAGAGUGAAGACAAUGCGAAUCGUCUCGAAGUAAUCAACUUGUUGCCUUUGACACCUUAUCGAUAUAUGCUAGAUGACUUGAUUGCUGCCUAUGUCAUUUCUGGGGUUCGACUAAAGGAAAUGGACGAAUUCGUCCUCAAACAAAAAGUGAAUGGAAUCACCAACAUCGACGUUGAGCGUGACUGUAUUUUAGAUUUUUUGAAAAGCCGACAAGCAAUUUACGAAGCCACGUCGUUGGUAAAACAAGAAACUGCGCUGGACUUCAUCGACGGUGAUAUCCGCAAGGUAAAAGCCAAUACCGUCGAACGUGAAUUGGGUCUUUUUCGUUUGAUGGGAUUUGAUCAUGUAAUGUACAUGAAGGUUCACCAAAAAUCUAGGAAACAGAUGGUAUUGACAUCCCUAUUUUCACCAUUCAUUAUCAUUGGCGGAGCUGUUUCAAUUAGUGCUGGGGCUGUCUUAACCAUCUUCAGUAAAAUUUUGCCGUUCAAUGUCGCAAAAAAUUUGCUUUUGAUGGGCGGUCUCUCUGACAUCAUCUACGUAUUGACGUCCUCGUUAUCCAAGCACCAAAUCAGCAUUUCUGGCUAUGCCCAUCAGAGAAUUAGAAGUGCAAGUGGAAAAAUUAAUUUAGCAGAUGAAGGAAAGGCUCUCUGGAAGCUAUUAAAAUCAAACAAAUCUGAUAGCCAAAGCUACAGACCUGCUGUCCGACUCCGCGUGGACGCCUUUCACCAAAGGCGAGUACGAGACACACAUGACGAAACGGACCAGUACGAGAUUGUCAACGCGUUAUUGAAGCUUAAAAAUAUGCCAACGAGAACUAAUGAAGAAACUGAUGAUCAAGUCCACUAGAUUGCAACUUCGCCUGGGAAACAUACAACUUACCAUCGGACUAAGCCACGUCGUUUUCGACGUGGAAAAAAAAAUUAGCCGGAGCCGUCAUAGUCGUUGGAAUGGACUGCAAUAGAAAUGUUUACUUUCGUAGAAUUUGCCUUGAUUUCGAUUUGAGCAUUAUCGUAGAUCUGCUUUAAACUGGGAAAAUAGAAUCAAUACCUUGAAAAGCUUCUCUUUUUUUAGGCAAAAAGGGGUGGCUUCGAGCACCUGGUUGAAUUGUCCAAUAAUUACAAAAUACUGCUCUGUCACCACUAGGUACUGCUUAGCACUACAAAACAUCAAUUUAAGUUGCCACCAUUCGCUGUAUUUUGUCUGCAUUGAAUAAAAUCAAGAACUAGA